AUCGAUUGGCAUGGGCUUAAGCACGAGAAAGUGAAGCAUUCGUCACUAUUGGAGAAUGAGGAUUGCAGGUUGGAACUCGACCAAUCAGAACACACAGACUCGAACGAAGCGCUGCACAUCGCGCGCACACGUCGCACUGACGUGACCGAGUACGGCGUGGCCGAUUGGCUUGCAGCGGUGCACGCCGCGGCGCAGGCGCACUUUCACCGCGUAUACAAGGGUAGAGUCCAGGCCUCUCACGGAUCGCUUGUUCUUUCUCAGGGAGUCCGCCAUAGUUACAGCACGUAUAUUCUUGACCAGGCUACCUGCAAUCGGACGACAUCCAAAAUGGUGAACUUUACGGUAGACGAAAUCCGCACCAUGAUGGACAAGAAGAAAAACAUCAGAAACAUGUCCGUCAUAGCGCACGUUGAUCAUGGAAAAUCAACUCUGACUGACUCCCUUGUUUCCAAGGCUGGCAUUAUUGCCGGCGCCAAGGCUGGUGAGACCCGGUUUACUGACACACGCAAGGACGAACAAGAACGUUGUAUUACAAUCAAAUCCACUGCGAUUUCCAUGUUCUUUGAGCUCGAAGAGAAAGAUUUAGUGUUUAUUACAAAUCCGGAUCAGCGUGACAAAGACGAAAAGGGCUUUUUGAUUAAUCUGAUCGAUUCACCCGGACACGUAGAUUUUUCGAGCGAAGUUACAGCUGCCCUCCGUGUUACCGAUGGAGCCCUCGUUGUUGUUGAUUGUGUAUCUGGUGUCUGCGUGCAGACCGAAACUGUACUCCGUCAGGCGAUCGCUGAACGUAUCAAGCCUGUUUUAUUCAUGAAUAAGAUGGAUCGCGCGCUGUUAGAACUUCAACUCGAUAGCGAGGACCUUUAUCAGACUUUCCAACGUAUUGUUGAGAAUGUCAACGUCAUUAUCGCAACGUAUUCCGACGACGAUGGUCCCAUGGGUGAAGUUAGAGUAGACCCUAGCAAGGGCUCCGUGGGUUUCGGUUCCGGUCUUCACGGCUGGGCCUUCACCCUGAAACAGUUCUCUGAGAUGUACGCCGAGAAGUUCAAGAUCGACGUGGUGAAACUCAUGAACAGACUGUGGGGCGAAUCGUUUUUCAAUCCCAAGACCAAGAAGUGGAGCAAGCAGAAGGAAGCCGAUAACAAACGCUCCUUCUGCAUGUACGUCUUAGAUCCAAUUUACAAGGUGUUCGAUAGUAUUAUGAAUUACAAGAAGGAAGAGGCGGACAAUCUCUUGCAGAAAUUGGGUAUCGUUUUGAAACCCGAAGAUAAGGACAAGGAUGGGAAGGCUCUGUUGAAGGUCGUCAUGAGAACGUGGUUGCCUGCCGGAGAGGCCCUGCUUCAGAUGAUAGCCAUUCAUCUGCCGUCUCCUGUGACCGCUCAGAAAUAUCGUAUGGAAAUGUUGUAUGAAGGCCCACUCGAUGACGAGGCUGCCAUCGGAAUCAAGAAUUGCGAUCCGAACGGACCGCUGAUGAUGUACGUCUCGAAGAUGGUACCGACUUCGGACAAAGGUCGCUUCUACGCUUUCGGCCGUGUGUUCUCGGGUAAGGUGUCCACCGGUAUGAAGGCUCGUAUCAUGGGACCCAACUUCCAGCCGGGCAAAAAGGAGGAUCUCUAUGAGAAAGCGAUUCAGCGCACCAUCCUGAUGAUGGGUCGUUACGUUGAAGCUAUCGAAGAUGUGCCUUCCGGUAAUAUUUGCGGUCUGGUCGGUGUGGAUCAGUUCUUAGUCAAGACCGGUACCAUCACAACAUUCAAGGACGCGCACAACAUGAAAGUUAUGAAGUUCUCCGUGUCACCAGUUGUUCGUGUCGCGGUCGAACCGAAGAAUCCCGCCGACUUGCCAAAAUUGGUCGAAGGUCUCAAGCGUUUGGCAAAGUCGGACCCUAUGGUGCAGUGUAUUAUCGAAGAAUCCGGAGAGCACAUUAUCGCCGGUGCCGGAGAACUGCACCUUGAAAUUUGUCUGAAGGAUCUCGAAGAGGAUCACGCGUGCAUACCGAUCAAGAAGUCCGAUCCCGUCGUGUCGUACAGAGAAACGAUCUCCGAGCAGUCGAAUCAGAUGUGUCUGUCGAAAUCCCCGAACAAGCACAAUCGUCUGUUUAUGAUGGCUUGUCCGAUGCCCGACGGUCUUGCCGAAGACAUCGACAGCGGUGAGGUGAAUCCGCGCGACGACUUCAAAGUGCGCGCUCGUUACUUGAACGAAAAGUACGAUUACGACAUAACGGAAGCCAGGAAAAUCUGGUGCUUCGGUCCGGACGGUAGCGGACCCAAUAUACUGGUCGACUGCACGAAGGGUGUACAAUAUCUGAAUGAGAUCAAAGAUUCCGUAGUGGCUGGAUUCCAAUGGGCGACGAAAGAGGGUGUUCUCUCCGAAGAGAAUCUGCGAGGCGUACGCUUCAAUAUCCACGACGUGACGUUGCACGCUGACGCGAUUCACAGAGGUGGUGGACAAAUUAUCCCAACCACAAGACGCUGCCUUUACGCCUGUCUUCUCACUGCCUCACCCCGAAUUAUGGAACCCGUUUACUUAUGCGAAAUUCAGUGCCCGGAGACAGCGGUCGGUGGAAUUUACGGCGUGUUGAACCGCAGGAGAGGUCAUGUAUUCGAGGAGCAACAAGUGGCGGGCACUCCCAUGUUCGUAGUUAAGGCUUACCUUCCAGUAAACGAGUCCUUCGGCUUCACCGCUGAUUUGCGUUCCAACACCGGCGGCCAGGCCUUCCCACAGUGCGUGUUCGAUCACUGGCAGAUCCUGCCGGGUGACCCGAUGGAAGCCACCUCUCGACCUUACCAAGUGGUGCAGGAUACUCGUAAGAGGAAGGGAUUGAAGGAGGGUCUCCCAGACCUGAGCGCAUACCUUGACAAGUUGUAACCUCAAAUUUGCGCACCGUAUUUAAAUACCUAUUUAAAUAUUAUAAUUCAAUAAAUAUUGCUCGAACCAUAUGCAAGUA